AUGGAGACAGGUGGGCCAAGGGUACAGGGUACAAUGGAGAUGGGUGGGCUGGGGGUAUGGGGUGCACUAGAGUCCAGUGGGCCAGGGAUACAGAUGAUGGAAAUUUCUUCCGGUAUGGAAGGCGAAGAUGAGACGGCAGUACAUGAAAUGGAUGAUACAGAUGAGCUGGUGGUGAAUGAAAUGGAUGAGCCGGAUGGGGAUGAAAUGGACGAUACAGAUGAGACGGUAGUACAUGAAAUGGAUGAUACAGAUGAGACGGCAGUACAUGAAAUGGAUGAUACAGAUGAGCUGGUGGUGAAUGAAAUGGAUGAGCCGGAUGGGGAUGCAAUGGAUGAUACAGAUGAGACGGUAGUACAUGAAAUGGAAUAG